AUGUCUCAGUUCGAAUGUCUAGGAAUUCAAACUAAGGAGAAGAAAUUUAAACGCCGAUUGUCGCAAUGGAUCCGUCCUUCCGCAAGUAUUGAGAACUUCCAGAACACCGAGGCGCAAAUCAAGGAGUUCCUGGCUGCCAACGUCAUGAAUCAGACUCUGGGCCCUGAAUCGGAACUGCCCCCAGCAUACUCCCCCUCUGAGAUGACGCUGCAGACUGCCGAGACCCUUCGCUUGCAACAACCUAGGACUGACACCCCUCCUGAUAGUUGGCCUGAGCCUCUGCGGUCUAUAGCCCCCUUCAUGGAAGAUCAUCAACACACCCCUUCGCCAGGGGCCUACAUUUCCUAUAACCCCUUUCGGAAUGAGCCGCACCCCGAUAUACGGUCCAGCAUGAGACAGUUCAGCGGCGCUUCGGAGUCAGCUGACUCAGAGACAGUAAAGACUCUAAGAGCGUGUCUUGGCGAUAUGUUCCAGCCAUUCGUGGAUGCAAUCAAGCCAGCUGCCGAGGUGGCUCUGGAUGACUGGCUGAAGGCUGCCAUCUGGUGGGCCCUCCGGGGAAAAGCUGCGUUGACGAAUUGGCGGGAUUCGGAUGCUCUGCACACGCAGGCAGAAGGCCAGCCGUCUUCGGAGGAGAUAGCUCAAGGGAUGGUAGAUCUUGCCAAAGCGUGGUGGAUCUGUCACCAGAUCCUCACCAGGGACGACUUCAAGAUCAUGACGUCUGAUCUUCGUCUCGAAGGCACCCCCCGCGGUGCGCUGCUCGAUCAAUCUCGCUGCGUUGUUAAAUACCUAAAGCGGUUCGAGAAGCACAUCACGAACUUCCUAUGCGGGGGAUCCGACUUGGCUGGGACUCUUGGAGUGGAUAAGAGUCUAUGGGUUUUCUAUCCCUCUUGCUCGGCCUACGACGCGGCUGUGCUGGACGGUGGUAGCUUGGCAGUGCAACGAAGUCCUUACCCCCCUAUUGCCUUUGGUGACACGGACGUACUCUAUUCCUAUGGAAGCGAGUUCGUCGAGGUGACACUACUCAGCCAAGAAGGGUACGCACUUCCAUCGUCCAUGAAAUGUGUCCUGUCUUUUGUUCGCGAAAUGUGCAGCUGGGAUAUGGUCGGCGUCAUUUCUAGCCAGACAGAUCUGGUUAACAUUAGGAUACAAUCAGAUUCAUCAAGAGGAGCAACAUGGAAGGAUAUUGAGUGGGAGGUAGACAGAUUAUCGAUGCUAGUCAAACUAUCCCGCGGAUACUUCCUGAAGGUCCGCUUGAGCGAAGAGAAUUUUAAAAUUGUCUGGGAGGUAGCGCACCAAGCCGUCUCAACAGAUGCCAGCUUCGUUGCCGAUAACCAGGAGCAGCUUCUCUUUGACGAGGAGAUCAAAUACUGUCAGUACAUCAAUCAUGCCCGCCCCAGCGACUUUCCUGCCAAACCCACGAAGCAAGGCAGGGUUCGCCUGUUCAAAAAAUGGGAAACGGUGGCUGAAGGAACCGGCAAACGCAGAGCGCAUCGUGGGUUUCGCAUAUUCGUUUCGACGCCCCCGCAUAGCAGAACUGUCAAUCAUGUGUCCAAUAUUCUGCACAAUAGUUCACCCGUGUCAUGUAGCUUGAUUGAAUCUGACGAUGGAUCUCCGGGAAUAUUCCUACAGCUUCUCGAGGAGGGUCAGAAGCGCUCCUUCUUCUUAUACUUCUAUGAUCUUGAAUCUCGCAGCCAGAUACACUCCCUCCUGCUAGAUUUAAUCCCCGGUGCAGGGGAAACAAGUACACAGGCCUUUCAUAUACGUUCCUAUGUGAUCAUGGAGAGCCAGGCGGACGGGUCGGGAGAAACUAAAGGAGGUCAACACCUCGACUUGAGAGAGAGCCUGGCGUCGGUCAUUGAGCAAAAGAAUGACCCGGUAAGAAGCGCAUACGGAAAGACGAUUCUAUCAGAAAGCCUGAGAGUCGUUAUCGCCAGCGACUGGAGCUCGAUCACAGACCGGAUCAAUAUAGGGCCUGGACAGUUGGCAAUAUCAUUAUCCGUGAUCGAUGACACCAUGAUAAAUAUUCAUAGACUCCCCCAAAAGGAUCUGACAAUGACAGUAGCACACGACCUCGUCAGUGAGGAGAUGCUCAGAAAGGCUACAGACCUGCUUCAUAAGGUGCAAGACAAACCAUCAAUCAGAAGGAUCCAAUUUGCAAGCGUCGAUGAUCUUCACAAAUUCCAAGAAUCUAUCACUGGAUUUAAAGUCCUUUUUGACGGCCUGGCAACUCAGUUCCUCAUAUCGCGACGACGGAAGAUGAUCCCAAUACAUAAACAAUGGGAGGCCAACCUCACUCGCGUGCAAGUUGUGCAACAAGGCAUCAAGAUCCAAAUAGUGGCCUUUUUCUAUCAAUUCCACCGGUGGAAGAGCAUAAAUUUUGCCGUAAAAAGCACUGAUGAGUUUGAAAAAGUAGAUCAAAAGGGAGAAUGGGGAAUCCGAUUUAAAGAUGCGAAAUAUGCUCUACCACGGCCGGAUACUCAAACAUCAGACUAUGUGUGUCUGGAUGAGUUGGCUUUUCCCACAGAGCAUGAUGAUAUUGGGAUUCUGUUUCAAGAUGCAUCGGUGCGAGAUAAGUUUGCUGAGUCUCUGCCUGGGGCGGUAGGGAAUGCGCCCAGGAGGCUAUUGUGUUAA